AUGGCGUCCACGGCGUCCCCCGCGCCGCGCGCGCCGCGCACUCCCGGCCGCGUCGGCGACGACGACGACGACGCGUCGCCGUCGCCGCCGUCGUCGCGCCCGCGCCCCGUCGGAGAUGGCCCCACGCCCGAGCGCGCGGUGAAGGUUUUAGACGACGCGCUCGACCUCGAGGGGAAAGCGGUCAAGGCCGCGAUGGACAGACUCCAGCGAUGCGUCGCGCGGACGCCCGCGUACGACGCCGAGAUCACGUCGCGCGAGGGCGACGCCGCGGCGCUCAAGCGCUCGCGCGGGUACAAGAGCCCGUACCACGACGCGCAUCACGCGACGCUCGUGGCGGCGUCGUCCGCGCUCCGCCGAGCGCUCGAGUCGUCCGAUGGCGUCUCGGGCGCGGACGCGACGACGCUCGUGAACGACGCGCUCUUCAUGAUCGAAGGCGCCGCGAAGGACGCGCUGCGGCGCGACCAGGGCGAGCGCGCGAUCCUCUGGGAGUGCGCCAAGGAGAUGAAGGACCGACGCGACGAGGCGCGCGCGGCGGCGAGAGAGCUCGUGCUCGCGUUCGCGAAGGAGCGGCAAGGGGUCGGAUUCCGAGAACGGCUGCGGCUCCGCGACGAGGUCCAACGCGCGAAGGACGAAGCGCGCGCGGAGCACGAGAAGGAUAAAGCGCGCGUGAUGGAAGAACUCCGCGCGAUGGCGGAGGAGCUGAACGUCAUGCAGCAGCAGAUGGGCGCGUCGAGGGACGCGGACGCGGUGAUCGUCCGCCAGCUGAACGAGUUGCUCGCCUCGGAGCGUCGGAAACGCUACGACGACGGCCGCGAAUACGAAAACGCUCGGCUGAACAUGAAAUCGCGCGCGGAGAAGGCUGAGCUCGAGUGCGCGAAGCUCGGCGCGUUGAUUCGCGUGCACAAGCAAGACGCGGAGGCGACGCAGAGAGACCUCGAGAAGAAGAUCGUCGAGUCGGCGGCGACGGCGAGGCAAGCCGUCUCGCACGUCGCGCACGCGAGAAAACAGCUGCAGACGCAAAAGCGGAAGAGCCUGCGCGAGUGCGCGUUUCGCCUGUGGAAAGGGCACGUCAAGAUGGUCCGGGCGAUUCGAAAGGUGCGUCAGGACGGGGACACGACGAUCGUGACGAUUAAGACUGGGUACGAGCGGCAGAUGGAGAAGCUCCGAGAGGAGAAGAACAAGGCGCGUUUCUCAUGUUUAACGUUUCACCCAGACAAAGCCGGCGGCGGCGCGGCGGAGACGCUCGACGACGCCGCGCGCGACCGCGCGGCGAAGAUCGCGAAGAAGGAACAGCGAGACCGCGCCGCUUUGGACGCGGCGGCGAACGCGGCGGCGGACCCGUGGUCGUUCCUGGGCGACGUCGCCGCGUCCGCAGCGACGGCGGACGGCGCCGGCGGUUUCGGCGCAGCCGCGAGCGGAGAAGAGACCGUCGCGGAGAGACGCGCGCGGGAGGACGCCGCCGUCGCGGCCGCGGAGGAGACGCUCACGCUGUUGGAUAACUUCUACGCGCGCGCGGCGAGCGACGCCGCCGCGAGAGGGGUCAUGGACGGCACGGACUGGCACCCGGAGAUCGUGCUCGGCCCCGGCGGGGUCGCCCUGGACGUGCCGACGCCCGCGGGGGCGCCGCCGCCGCCGGCGACGAUCGACGCGUCGGCGUUCGCGCCGCCGUCGCCGGAUGUGGACGACGCCGCGCGCGGCGGCGCGGUGGACAGCAUCAUCGACGCGACGCCGACGCCGACGACGAAAGCGACCGCGGAGGCGACGCGAGCGCCGCGCGCGGCGAGCCCGGAGGAGGCGCCGCGCGACGCGACGCGCGCGCCCGUGCCGACGCGAGAGGGGGGCGAUGCCGACGCCGACGCCGCGGAGGAGCCGAAGGAGCCCAUCGGGGAUCAAGCGCCGACGGCUCCGGUGGCGACGAUUCCGACGACGCGCGCGGCGGCGGCGACGGACCCCCGCCCCGCGCGCGGCGGCGGCGGCGGCGGCGGCGGCGGCGGCGGCGGGCUCGCGUCUCUCGGGGCCGUCCCCCCCGCGCCGACGCCGGCGACGCGCGGCGGCACGGAGACAUCGAGCGCGCACGUUCCAUCCGUGCGCGCGGUGGAGGAGCGCGACUCGAUGCCGCCGCCGCCGCCGCGGCCGCCGCGCGCGCGCUCCGAGAUUGAACCCGCGACGACGACGACGAUCGAGCCGGAGAGAAGCGAGAGGAGCGACGUUCGGGCGUCCUCGGAGGGGGGCGCGAACGUGCGGAGCAGCAUGAUGAGCGUCAUGACGGACAUGACGACGUACAGCGAAACGUUCGAGAACGAGAGCGAGGACAUCGACUGGGCGGACGCGGACAUGGACCUGGAUCUGCCAUGA